UUUCUAUAGCAGCUAUUUAUUUACUUGUCGUGCCGAAAAAUACGUUUUUAAAAAUAUGGAGCAGCCGAAUAAGGAUUCCAUAGAAGCUCUCGAAGCAGAAGCAAAAAUAUUGGGCACGGAACUGGCAUUGCAGAAUGCCGGGAAUGAGAACACCAGGCUCAAACUGGAGAUCACCAAGAUGGCUGAGGUCCUGGAGAAGCAGAGGAUGGUUUUGGAGAAAGCCGACGACAACAGAAAGGAGGCCAAAUUGAUUUUCUCAACUCUGAUGAAGUUAAAUAAGAAUGGCGGCAGUGACUCGGCAAAGCCAUCAAAUCCUUUGCAGAGUGGAGCACCCACUGGGGAUACCGACUUAGUUGAAGAAAGGAAACUUUCCCAGUAGAAUCCUCCUUUUACCUCAUUUUGUUAACCAAAGUGUUUUUUAAUCUUCGAGUUAAAAUCAAUUGUUAUCUUUAUUUGUCUAAAUUUAAAGAACGAACUAUAUAAACCAAAAUUCAGUAUAA